CCGGAACAUGAGGAAGAAGGAAGCUCCGCUUCGGUCUUGUUUUGUUUAGCUGCGACACGCAGCUCAUCCGGUGCCGAAAUGCGCAUCGAAAAGUGUUAUUUCUGUUCGGGUCCAGUUUAUCCCGGACACGGAGUCAUGUUUGUAAGGAACGACUGCAAGAUGUUCAGAUUCUGCAAAUCAAAAUGCCAUAAGAACUUCAAGAAGAAGCGUAACCCGAGGAAGACCAGGUGGACCAAAGCUUUCAGAAAGGCUGCUGGAAAAGAGUUGACUGUGGAUAACUCUUUGGAGUUCGAGAAACGACGAAAUAUUCCAGUGAAAUAUAAGAGAGAGCUUUGGGACAAGACAGUGGAGGCAAUGAAAAAGGUUGAGGAAAUAAAAGUGAAACGACAGGCAAGAUUCAUCAUGAACAGAUUAAAGAAAGCCAAACAGCUGGAGAAGGAAGAAGCCAUCAACGAAGUGAAGAAGAACAUUUGCCUCAUCAAAGCUCCACAUGCAGGCAAAGCAAAACAGUUGGAAGACAAAAUGGUGCAGAGGUUACAAGAAGAUGUGGAAAUGGGGGAAGAAGAUAAUUAACUUAAAGCUCUGCUGUUGUUUUGUUUCCUAUGCCUGAUCCUGGCUUCUGAUUGGUCUUUUUUAGGGCACCAUCAUCACCAAUAAAGCUUCUAGUUCCUUCUUUUUUAACAAAAUGGUCAUCAUUUGACUUUGUAGAAUUGUUUCGGUUGUAAACAUGUCUCACGUCGGUGGUAAAAUCUACCAACAAUAAAUCCAAAUAUCCGGUUCU